UGUAGCUUGCAGGUUUAUUCAAUAAGGCAACACAGAGGCGCUCGGUCCUGUUCUUGUUCAGUGUUUAUACGGUGUCUUCUAUUUGUAGAAAUAAACUAAUGAAAACAAUCUAUUUAUUUAGCGAAGGUUGUGUAAAUAUAUAAAUCUGCAUUUUUACAAUGGAUAUGAGAUGCUGCCUGUUUCUCCGCUUUGCUCCGCUUGCUAUUUGUGCCAUUUUAUGUACUGUGGACAUUUCUGCUUGUGAAAAACAAUAUCUCAAUGAAUGGGCAGCGGAGAUCCCCGGAGGUCCUGAUGCUGCCAGAGCUAUAGCUGAAGAAUUAGACUAUGAAUUAGUCAGACAGAUUGGAUCACUUGAAAACCACUAUUUAUUUAAACACCAAAGUCACCCAAGAAGAUCUAAAAGAAAUGCAGAUCACUUAACCAAGAGGCUAUCGGAGGACGAAAGAGUGUCUUGGGCAGAGCAGCAGUAUGAGAAGCAGAGAAGGAAACGGACUCCCCUUCGAGACUGUACAGACUGCGCAGUGGAGAAGCUGUUUGAUGACCCAAUGUGGAACCAGCAGUGGUACCUGCAAGACACAAGGACCUCACCCUCACUGCCCAAACUGGACCUCCAUGUUAUCCCAGUAUGGAAGAAGGGAAUUACAGGCAAAGGCGUCGUCAUAACAGUGCUGGACGAUGGGCUGGAAUGGAACCACACCGACAUCUUCAGGAACUACGAUCCAGAAGCAAGCUUUGAUUUCAAUGAUAACGAUCCAGAUCCCUUUCCACGAUACGACCCAACCAAUGAAAACAAGCACGGCACCAGGUGUGCAGGAGAGAUCGCCAUGCAGGCGGAUAACAAGAAGUGUGGAGUAGGGGUGGCUUACAACUCAAGAGUAGGAGGGAUUAGGAUGCUGGACGGGAUAGUGACAGACGCCAUUGAGGCCAGCUCCAUUGGGUUCCACCCGGAUCAUGUGGACAUCUACAGUGCCAGCUGGGGGCCCAACGACGACGGCAAAACUGUGGAGGGGCCUGGGCGGCUCGCACAGAAGGCCUUUGAGUACGGCAUUCAGAAGGGCCGUGGUGGAAAAGGCUCCAUCUUUGUGUGGGCGUCCGGGAACGGGGGCCGUCAGGGGGACAACUGUGACUGUGACGGCUACACAGACAGCCUUUACACCAUCUCCAUCAGCAGUGCUUCACAGCAGGGCCUGUCUCCCUGGUAUGCAGAGAAGUGCUCCUCAACGUUGGCUACAGCCUACAGCAGUGGGGACUACACUGACCAGAGGAUUACCAGUGCAGAUCUUCACAAUGAAUGCACCGAGACCCACACCGGGACCUCUGCCUCAGCACCAUUGGCUGCAGGGAUCUUCGCCCUCGCUCUUGAACAAAACCCCAACCUCACCUGGAGGGAUCUGCAGCACUUGGUGGUCUGGACCUCGGAGUACGACCCUUUGUCUAGCAAUCAGGGCUGGAAGAAGAACGGGGCGGGGCUAAUGGUCAACAGCAGGUUUGGAUUCGGCCUUCUCAACGCUAAAGCACUGGUCGACCUGGCUGACCCCGAAGUCUGGAAGCAUGUGCCAGAGAAGAAGCAAUGCAUUGUCAAAGACGAGACCUUUGAACCCAGGGCUUUGAAAGCUGCUGGCGAAGUCAUCAUCGAAAUCCCCACGAAAGGUUGUGCUGGCCAAGAAAAUGUCAUUAAAUCCCUGGAGCAUGUUCAGCUAGAGUCCAGCAUUGAGUACACUCGGAGAGGAGACCUUCGCAUUACUCUGAUAUCCCCUUUAGGUACAAGUGCAGUUCUGCUGGCAGAGAGGGAGAGGGACACCUCUUCCAAUGGCUUCAAGAACUGGGACUUCAUGUCAGUGCACACCUGGGGGGAGGACCCUACAGGGACCUGGACAUUAAGCAUAACCGAUGUGUCAGGAAGAAUGGAGAAUGAGGGCAGGAUUGUGAACUGGAAGCUGAUCUUACACGGGACAACCACGAAGCCGGAUCACAUGCAGAAGCCACGGGUUUACACCCCUUACAACACCGUGCAGAAUGACAGGAGAGGAGUGGAGAAAAUGGGCGACUCCCAGGAGGACACCACAGAAGACAGCGAGCCCUUGAAAGAGAAACACCGGGAGGACACAGCUGCCGAUGCCAAGAUGGAGGAGAGGGCACCUUCGGAAGCCCUGAUGAGGCUGCUGCAGAACGCCUUCAACAAAAAGACUGCCCAAAGCGAGAGCCGUAACAAAGAGCAGUUCCGCAUCCCCUAUCACAACUUCUACCAAGUGCUUGACAAACUAAACAAGCAUUCCCAGCAGCAGGACUCCGAGGACAGCCUGUACAACGAUUACAGCGACGCUUUUUACAAUAACAAGCCCUACAGGUACAGGGAUGAUAAACUGCUGCAGGCCUUCUUUGACAUUCUAGCCCAAGAUAACCAAUAGGUGUCCACGUGUUGAAAAUGAUCACCUGCCAGAGCUCCAUCCAGGGUUAAUUCUGAGUUUUAGUUACUUAAUAUACAGUAUCAACAAAAGAGAGUAUUGGGCUGCAUAGCCAGGGUCACACAGCAGAGUCAAUGUUCUGAAUCUGGAGUGUGGAGUUGGCUCAUAGCCCAUUAUGUUUGAAAUCUAAUACGAAACUAAACUGGCUGUCAGUAGCUUACAGAAAGUACUUCAUUGUGUUCCUGACAAGGCUACAGUCAUUUGUAGAUUUUGCAUUAAAAUCAAGUGAAUUUCAUGAGGUAAAGUUUGAUAAGGGUUGUUUUUUAUUUUUCAAUACAAAACGUUUGCCAAUUAGAAAUGUAAUGCUGUUUACUGAACCAGCAGAAGAGGGUAGUCAUUAAAAAACAUGAACUGCCACACAUACCGAUUUAUAUUUGAAUUCAUAUCAAGCAAAUAUCAACGGAAGCGGCUUCAAAAAUAAUUUUUCUCUAAAGGCAGAUUUAGAGAAAAAUGAUAACUUAGUACCAGAACGACGGAACUCAGAACCACUCAGAAUUAAUACAAACACCACAAGAUAGGCAUUGCAUGCUCUUAUUAAUCAGUUUAUUACAUUUUUGUAAAGACAGAUAGGCCAUCCUUGCAGGCAUUUUUAACACUCACUAGCAUAUCAGAGUUUUAGAGUACAGUAAAUACCUACUUACAAGACAGCGUGAUUUCAUUAUGUGGUUUCUUCGGAAGUACAGUUAGGUGAUUGUGUCAAUCAAAGUGGUACGUAAGAUACUGUACCCCUGGAUCUGUGUAGGUACCAACUAUCUGUACAAAAUACACAUUCAAAUGAGGUGGUAUAGAAAAUAAGUCAUAUUUACGAUUUUCCAAUAAGAUAAAUCCUUGAUCUUUCUCUGUCUUUCCUGGUGUGCCGUGAAGAUAUAUAUUAUUUUGAUUUCCGACGCAGGUUCAUUCAUUUUACAUUAUGUUUAAUGGGGUUGCUAACUGCCACAACUCACUUGGGCUCUAAAAAAAAUCCAGUUCUUUCCUCUAAUUAAAGCAUUGUCACUGUGUCUCCCUUUUUUCUUCUGUUGAAGAUCUUUUGGUUCUUUGCUCGUAGUUUUUAUUUUAAUUUGGACGAUGCAGAUGCUAGACAAUGCUAGAGUUGAAAACUCCCAUAUGCUUCCUGGGUUCUUAAUUGAUUCACAUGUUGUGUAUUGAACUCAAUAUAAAGGUCUCUCUGCAAUCAUAUCAUGUGACAUGCGUGAUUGCAGUUUCUCUACAGUGAAAUAUGUGCAGAUCCUGAGUUAACAUAAAAAACUUAAAGACUCUCGGCACAAAAAAGGCAGACCAGUGGCAAUGUAAAUAAAGCUAACAAGAGGUGACAAAGUACUGGUAACUAACUAAUAUUCUCUCUUCCAAGUCUGGGUUGUCCAAUAUGUAUACAUUUGUUGUUUAUCGUCUUUGAUAAUGUUUGUAUAAAUAUUUGCAAAACAACUAAAUUCAUAUUGACCAUAAACCGCAUGAAUACUUUUUUGAGAAGCUCCAAUCCUUUUUCAGGGGUUGAAAAGUUUGACACCUUAUUUGAUAGAAUCAAUACAGGGAUUAAUUGCUAAUUCCAUAAUGAUACAGCCCCCUGGAAGUUUCAACUUUAUCAUCUCCCAUUAUAAUCUCAUUUAAGACAACUCAGCUUGCUGGUGCGAUUACUGCUGGAAGCUGCUGCCUGAUUAAACAACAAAUAUAUGAAAGUAAGACUUUUAUUUUAGGGUUAGGGCCUGGUGUUCUAAAGCUGGUAAAUGUACAAUAGUUACUAUUCAAUCUAUAAAUAUAAAAUAUAAGUUUAACAUAUAUUGUAUACAUGACCUUGUUUAUCCGAAAUGCCAUCUAACAGAGUAUUGAUUGUUCUGAGAACAUUACCAUUAUAAUGUUGAGUCCAAUGUAACUGCUAUGAAGUUAUUGUACUGUAUUUUGAAGUGUAUACUCAAUGUCAUUUAACAAGAAAGAGAUUAGGUUCUUAGUUGGUUUCAAGAUCCUAAAACAAUGACCACUUUAUUUGGGAAUGCUCUGUAUCCUGGGACAGACCUGUGGCAGGUAAAUAUUUUCAACCUGUAAACUUGAUGUAUUGUGUAGAGUAUUUUUAUUGUUGUUGUCUUAGUGCCUCCUGUGAUUUUUCUGUGAAAAAAGAAAUGUGAAUGCAUAAAAAUCUUCUAAAUUAUAUUUUCAAAAUAUAUUUUCUUUACUUAUUUAUAGUACUGUAUACCUGAAACA